AUAAAACGUAGAGCAAGGUAGAUUAUGGCUGUCAAAGGAAUGAAUUUAUUGUUUCUGCGUCCUAAUAUCUGCUUUAGAUCAUAAAAUAGCUGUUUGGUUUGUUUGUUUGUUUUUUGACUGAGAAACUUAUACAUUCGGGAUUCUACAGUGUGGAACUGCCGCAUCUCGCUCUGUAGCACCUUCCUGUGACAGCUGACAAGACCCAACAUGACAGGAGUGGCAGCCAAGCGUGAGGGACCGCAGUUCAUCAGUGAGGUGGCUGUAAGGGGCAAUGCUGCUGUACUGGAUUACUGCCGCACCUCCGUGUCUGCUCUGUCUGGAGCUACGGCCGGUAUCCUUGGACUGACGGGACUGUAUGGCUUCAUUUUUUAUUUCCUGGCCUCGUUUUUCCUCUCCCUGUUGCUCAUCCUAAAGGCUGGACGAAGGUGGAAUAAAUGCUUCAAAUCCAGACGGCUGCUCUUUACUGGGGGCCUUGUUGGCGGUCUUUUCACAUACGUGCUAUUCUGGACUUUCCUUUAUGGAAUGGUGCACGUUUACUAAACUGAUUCCACCAAAAAUAACAUGAGUUAUCUAUAACUAAUGC